AUGGAUUUAAAACCUUUACUUAAGCGUAGUAUUUAUUCAUUUGAUGGAUCAUGUAAUGGAUUAAUGUGCUUCAAUGAAUCCUUUGAAGAAGAUGAUGUUUAUAUAUGUAAUCCUGCUACCAGAGAAUAUAUUGUCCUUCCAAAAUUUGAAGGGAAAGACAUGUUAGACUUGUUAACUGGCUUUGGUUACAUUCCGUCAACGAAUCAGUACAAGGUUGUUAGAAUCCAUAACACCGAAAGAGACCCAAAUGUAGGAAUUAUUCAGGUAUACACUCUAGGUAGCGGUAUUGGAUGGAGAAAUGCAGGAACGAUAGACAUAAAAUGUGUUCCACGGUGUACUGGUGCUUUUGCAAAUGGAGCUCUUCAUUGGGUGGCCUUCGAUGGAACCAUUAUUGUUUUCCAUUUAGCUGAUGAAAAGUGUAGUGAACUUCAUUCGCCACCCCGCUUGAUAGGAACUCAUUGUCGAUAUGUAGGGGUUUUAGGUGGUUUUCUAAGUGUUACUUAUUAUCGUUAUCCACGUGGUGUUGAUAUAUGGUUAUUGAAGAAGAAUGAAGAUAAUGCUGACCUGAGCUGGAGUAAAGAGUUUAGUUUUGACAGUUACAUACCGCAGCCAUUUGGGAUUAUCAAGAGUGGUAGGCUUCUAUGCUAUGAGCAGCACAAAAUUUAUUGUUACGAUCUGGAAACAUCAUCUGUCAAAAUGGAUGUGAGUUUUGGAAAGUUUAUUAGUGAAGCAAUCCCUCACAAGAAUACUUUAUUUUCAUUAAAGGAAGUUCAUGUCUACAAACUGGGCAUGUGUUAUGUUUUUCCUGUUGCCAUUACAUAA